AUGGAACCCAAAACUUCUCAGUUCGAGUCCAGCGAGACGCUAGCGGCGUAUCUGGCGUCAACGCCGCUACUGGAGGAAUCAUGGCGGCGGUGCCGCCACGCCAACGACGCCGUCCCGCGAAGCUUCGCCGUGGAUAAGGUGGGAACUGUGGCAUACGUGGCGUUCUCCGGCGUGCAGGUGGUUGAUUGCUCGGAGGAAACCUGCCGGAGUUCGGUGGAUCUGCACAGUGACGGCGGAAAGGGGAUUUUCGGUUCGUUUUGCGGCGGCGAUGAGGAAGAACAGGUCAUGGUGCACGGCGGUCUGCUCCGACUUUUUCUCUUCUUUUACCACAGCAACAAUUUCCAGCAAAAGCUUACUUAG